ACUUCCUCGGUCAGGGGAAGCUGCAGUGCGGAUCUCCAUAACCUGAAGGGCAGCCAUGCCUCUCGAGUACUGGUCACAAGACCAGAGAGCUGGAGCUGUUUUACGAGUCAUUUUGAGGGAAUGGUCGUCAUUGAGUGAUGGUACUCCGUUGAGUACCCCGUAUGUGGUGCAAAAUGGGCGGGGAAGUCCAACAGAACCCCCGCUGUGUCUGCGGAUCGGUUGUGGCUUCCCCGACGACGUUCCAAACGUUGAACAAUGUGGGAUCGAAGUUACUAGUCGCUGAUACAGUGGAUACCAUAUGUCUUUCGUCAAAUAAACAUUUACCUAUGACCUGCAGAAGGCGGAAAUAUUGAUGGAGGGCGGGGAGCGGGAGGUUCCUUGCACUUGGCUCACUUACAAAUUACAAUGGAUAACACCACGCAGCAGAAGUCACGUUAGUCAACUCUGCCAUAGCAACGCAAAUACUACCGAAUACUGCCCAGAUCAAAAUAUGGCUGUUAGCAGCAGUAUUGCCAACAUGUUUUCGCUCGAGGGCCACACGGCACUCGUCACUGGCGGGACUCGAGGUAUUGGGAAGGCGGUCGCCAUCGCCCUCGCCGAAGCCGGAGCCGACAUCCUGCUAGUCCAGAGAGAUAAGACGUCCACUGAUACACUCAACGCCAUUCGUCAUUUGGGUCGAGAAGCCAGAAUCUACACCGCAGACCUCAGUUCGGCCGAAGAUGUAGCCAAGCUCGUACCACGGAUUCUGGCUGAUGGCCAUCAGAUCCGCAUCCUGGUCAACUGCGCAGGCAUUCAGCGGCGACAUCCCUGUGAGAAGUUUCCCGACUCCGACUUCAACGAAGUCAUCCAAGUGAACCUCAACACCGUCUUCACCCUCUGCCGCGACGUCGGUGCUCACAUGCUGGAACUAGAGCCAUCCCCCGUGACCGGCCGCAGAGGCUCCAUCAUCAACUUUGCGUCGCUGCUCACCUUCCAGGGCGGGCUGACAGUGCCCGCCUAUGCCGCAUCCAAGGGCGCCGUCGGCCAGCUCACAAAGAGCUUCGCCAACGAGUGGACGGCCUGCGGCAUUACCGUCAAUGCUAUCGCGCCCGGCUACAUAGAGACGGAGAUGAACACGGCAUUGCUGAAUGACCCGGAUCGGUUGGCUAGCAUCAGUGCGAGAAUACCAGCUGGAAGGUGGGGGAGUCCCGAUGAUUUCAAAGGCACUGCUGUCUAUCUCGCCAGCAAGGCUAGCGCCUAUGUAAGCGGCCACGUACUGGUUGUUGAUGGUGGCUGGAUGGGGCGGUAGGCGGAAUUGCCGUCCUUGACUUAGGAGUGCUGGUUUAUCUGGAGGAAUGCCGGGUGUGUUGUCUAUCUCAACCGCAGUGCCAGGGCUAGGUUGUUCCAGCAGCUGUUCCGGCGUAUAAAGGUAAAGAAAGCACUUUAAGACCAUGAUAAACAUUCAAUCCGAGCGGUAGCUUGGAAUCAAAUCAGAGUACUGUCUGUCACCUUUCGAAUAUAGACAUAAACGAGACGCAGCUAUGAGAACUUCAAGUUGUCUAAACACCUCAUGCUAGUUGUCUGUCUUAAACUUGGCUG